AGGCCGGAUAGUAGUCUACACAGAUCCUCCCACCAUCGUGAACCUUUCCUGCCCGCAUCUAUCCUCCCUUGCGGGGUCUGUCUUCUUGCUCCGCCCACCCGUACCCAUCUUGCGUACCUCAUUCCUCCGAUUCAAGUCAGUGAUAUAUCGCUAGCUCAUCUACAAAAUGGUCAAAUCAACAACUGCUGGAAACAAUGCGGUUUCUUCAUUAGAAUCCACUGAUUCCAAGAAGUCAAGAAAGGAAAAGUCUCGCGAGAAGGAGCAUCGUCGUGCUCAAUGUAUCAACUCGGCCUUUGAGAUUCUUCAGCAACAUAUUCCAUACCUCAAAUCGGAAGAGAGAAAGUCGCUGCCAAAGAUCAAAACGCUUCGUCUUGCCAUGCAGUACAUUGAUCAUUUGAAAAAAUUGCUGGGAGGAAAUGAGAUGCUCGAAACCGAUUGCAACGAAUCUCGCCCACUCACUCACUCAGAUUUCCGUGUCAAUAUCUCGAAUGAGAUUAGAAUUCGGAACAGUUACCGAGAGAGAGCCCACAAUCAGGAGUUGGAUGAAGCAACUGUGAAGAGAAUUUUGGCUCGCGAAGAUCAACGCCGUCGCUGCAGCUCAGUUCCGGAGGGAAUACAAAGAUAUACUCCUUACCAGAGCCGUCAAUUCGGACCGAUUUCGAACAAUGUGUGCAACUUUCGCCACGUAGAUGCUAACCAAUACAACACCAACUUCAUGGAAUAUCAAACACAAAUGGUCCAGGUCGCCAACUUCCCAAAUCAGUUCUCGCAUGAGUAUUACAACUAUGGCACAUUCCCAGUUAUUGAUCCAACUUCAUUGGAGAACAGUAAUCCAAUUUUGCAAUAACAUUGUCUCAUGUUAUGUUACUCACGGUUUCCUUAAUUGAUCUCUAUAUUUCGACACGUUAUUUGAUUGCUCAACAUAAUUGUAAAGUCCGUUUCCGGCCAUAAACUUUGUUAUAUUCAAUAAAUUUGUUACCUAAUAAACAG